ACUCUGGAGGAAUCUGUCGCCGAGACGCGGGGGAUAAGCAGAAAAUUAGAGAUUUAUUUAUUUAUUUUAAAAUCUGCUUUCAGUUUGUCUAGAAACACGGGCUUCAUCAGUCUGACAGCAGAUGAUAAUACAUCCAGAAUACCAGGCUGAUCCCUCUGAGCAUCAUGCUGUUGAAGUGACCACACGUUGCUGUGUUGAUGCUGUCAGAGUGUUUUUCUCUUUUUGGCGCAGUCCAACUCAGUCCGGCUCGCGCGCUGUAGGAUGCCAUACAAUCCUUUAGGAAGCGACUCUCGCAGCUUGACAGGCAACAAUUUCCAAGAAACGCAAAGGACGUAAUCUUUUUGAUUUCACUGCACGAACGCGAUGGAUGAAGCCAGCGAGACCAUCCCUGAUUUGAAAGACAUUGAGGUGAAAAUCGGCCGGAAGACCCCCGAGGGUUUGCUCAGGUGGAUGCGGGAAGAGGCGUCCUCUCUCCGGGGGGACGCGAAGCUGAGCACCGCGCACGACACCAGCGUGGAGACUGGGAAGAAGAGUUUGGAUGAAAAGAUCAGGAAAUUGAAGGUGGAGAUGGCUCACUUGCGCUCGGUGGAUGUCAAGAUCUUGCAGCAGUUGCUAGCAGUUCAUGAGGGCAUUGAAGCAGUGAAAUGGCUGCUGGAGGAGCGUAGCACACUGACGAGUCACUGCAGCAGCCUAACCAGCAGCCAGUACAGCCUGGGCGAGGGCCCCGACACCUCCUGGAGAGGCUCCUGGAGUAGUCUGCAGGACCCAAAUGACAAGCUGGACAACAUCUCCAUCGGCAGCUACCUGGACACCCUUGCAGAUGACAUGGAUGAGUACUGCCCCUCCAGCUCAGAGUCGGUUAUCUGCUCUACCACACCGCUAGUCUCAGAGUGUACUACUGUGAGCCGGAUAGGGGGAGGCCCCGGGGCCAUGGUCACAGCAGUUGCUACAGGAGCUGGGGUAGGGGUGAAGUCUGGUAGUGGAGCUGGAAGUGCAAUUCGGGCUGGGGCAAAUGAAAAUGGAACUGGGAUUGGAAAUGGGACAGAGGCAAAAGGUGGACCAGGAACUGGGAUUACCAGUGGGACUGGUAUUACUGGGACUGGAACUGGCAAACCAGCCGUUUCUGUCAGCUCCCCCCAAGCCAAGUCUGAGGGCCCUAAGCAAGAAGCUCCGAUGUGGACCACAGCUGCUGAGAUGGGUAAAGGAAGUCCUGCUUCUAAGGGUAACACCCAGACACAAGCUGUUAAGGCUAAUGGAGUCCUGGAGAAACCAACAAUGCAGACAGGAAGCCCAACCCGCCACACCCUCACUGAGAAACUGGGAACCAGCCAGAGCCCCAAACUCAAACCUUACAAAAACGGAAAGAUCGACUUGGAUACUUGCAAAAUGAAUGGCAAAAUGCACCUGGAGUACGACGCACACUGGCGAUGGGUGCAGUCGCAAGAAGACGUGACGUUUUUGUAAGAGGGAUAAUAACAGAGGGGACCAAAGCCACUGUUAAACAUCCCUUCUGUAACAUCAAAGACCAAAUCACUGAAGGACAGAAGAAGAGCAAACUGCUGUUUGUGAAAUGCACAUAGUGAGGCUUUGCUUUUUGAACGACACUGGGUUUAAAAGACAAAGAAUAACUUUUUUGUCCUGUUGUUCCCUCCUGUUACUGCACUAACUUUCUGUAAAACAUUGAUGUCAGUACUACGGUGGAUGCACAUCACAGGAUUUUGACCAUAUUUAGCCAAACUUGGCUGCCUCAAACAAACUUAGGAAAGUAAAUUUUAAAAUCCUGUGUCACAGUUUUCUCAGGGUCUUUCUUGGCACUCCCUGAUUUUCUCUCUUUUCCUUCCUUUCCUUUUCUUUUCUAAAGCACAGUGAGAUGAUCUGCCGGAGAGCUGAAAACAUCAUUUCAGUUUGCUUGACAUUAUGCAUCAACCAACGUAAAUUAGAUGAUUUGAAUUAUAAUUUAACAAAAUCCUAUAAACAGUUCCUCUAUUUAAAAUAAUCCAUAAUUAAAACCCAGGGGCAGGAUAAAGAUUUCUGAUCUCUGUUAAAGAAUAUCGCUCUGGGAUCUCCUUAAUUACUCCAUUUUGUCCCGUGGUGGGCCCUUAACAAUCAUCACCACCAUUAUUAACAGCACUGAUAGAGUCUUCUGUACUGCAUUUAAGUUUUUAGAAGACCAAAGUUUCCUCUAUCAAACCACAACUUAAAUUUAUUGUAUGAACUAUAUACCCAAACACUUAAUGGUUAUAGAUAGCAUUACUCGAUAAAGUAUUAACAACAAAGUAAAACACCAUUUGAUAAAAUCUGUGAGUGUGUUUCUUCCCAAACUCGUAGCUGAACGAAAAGUAGAGGAUAUGAAAAUAGAAACACAGAGCACUGAGGUUAAUAAAAGUUUCUCUCAUUGAAAAAUAAUGUACCUACUGCUAGCAUUUGUGUCUUUGUGGAGCUAAUACUUUCAGUGCUUAACCAACCAUCUGCAGUGUUAGUGUAUAUUCACUGAAAUGCAAUACAGCUACUCUGUGCAUCAGGUAUUAGUCGUGAUUGGUUUGUAGACAAAUACUGAAUAUGGCUGAUUUUGGUUUUUUGAACCGUUGUAGUAAACUAUGUUAGCUUUUAUAAGCAGAUGUUGUGCCUGACUGGUGUGAACCUUAACUACAUAUGCCUGUACUUUCCCUCCUGAGAUGUGCACUGUUGUUAUUGAUACAUUUUUUGACUGACUUUAUUUUUAUUGUUUUUGCUUCCUCUUGGCCUCUGCUUGCGUGUAGAAAUGGCUGGACCACCAGUCUGUGUGCUCUCGCCAUGUGAACAUGUUAUGUGAGCUGGGUGGAUCUUGCAUGCCUUGUGCUGAGAGCUUUAUUGCUUAAACCGUGAGAAAUUGGUGCAAGACCUAACACAAUCAGAGAAGAAAAGCAAUAUUUCAUGAGGCCUUUCCACUGGCUUCCAUAAGCAGCCUCUUCUCCGUAAAUUAAAUCUCACAUUAUUGUUGUCUGUUCUGCGGGAGUUUCUGAGACUACUGACAAGGAGAGCAUCUGUCUGUCUCUGUGUGUGUGUGGCUGCCUGAGCACAUCUGGCCUGUCAAAGUUCAGAUAAGAAUAUACGAGUCCCAAAGGUGUUUAAGAGUUUUCAGCUCAUUCAUCACAGCGUUACUACAUCUCCUACCAGUCUGCAGUUAGUCAUGUCAGCGCUGCCAGGAGAGCGCAACACGUGAUGAACGGAGGGGAGCUUAUUACGUAAUCAGCACAUAACUAUGCCAUACUGUACCUCGUCACGAAAAGGCUCCUUUGAAAAGGUUUUCCUUUCCUUCUCUCCUACAUUCUGAAAAACCCUGACAUUUGAGUCAAGGUCUGGUGUAAUUGUGCACUUCACUUGGAAAUCGUUGCAUUGUUAAAUUUCUGCAGGAUCCGUUUACUGGUGGGAAACUACCAAAAUGAAUUACGUAUGUGAUGCUCGGAGUGGAGUGGACACUUUUCACCCAGCACCAAAACAGUAUUCAAAACAGGCCUAGUUUUUCACAUUUUAUGCACUGUAACAAAGAUUUGACAGCUUGUUAAGUCCCAACCCCCAUUAGUUAUUUGUUUUCUAUUCUAAAAUUCUAUUUCUUUGUGAGUCGAACACUUUGUUCUUGCACAGCACAUGCUGUAUAUGCAGUGGAUGUGCCAUUUGUCAUGAGCAAAGCCUUUUAUUCCUUUUAGAUCAAAUCCCCAGUCACAUUGUGCACUUAUUUAACAUAAGCCAAAAAAAAAACAAAAAACGCCAAUUUCUUUGUAUUCUAUAUAUCCAAAUUAAAUCAUGCUUACUUCCUGUUAAACAAAAUUGUCCUUAAGUUGUCUUGAACCAACCAAUUUCAAUCAAUAAUAUCAUUUUUAGUGGCACAGAGCUAAGAUUCAUGCAGCUGAGGUGUACGUCCACCUGCUCAGGUAACAAGGGUGAUGGUGUUGAAGGAGACGAGCAGUCCUCAUCAACUGAUUGAAGGCUAGAAUCCGUUUCCGACUGAAUGUUAUUAUCCAUGUUUGUUAUGACACACCUGCUUAACAUUCAAAUAAAAAUCCCUCCCGGCUUCGUCCUGUUUCACGAGCACAUACGUCAGGAUACAGAAGCCACUUACUCUGAAACUGCUGUUUCAUCCGGACUUUAAUGUCUACGCAACCAUGAGCGCCUUAACAUUAAUUUAGGUACUGAGGAAAAAGAUUUUUUUUUGUAAGCUAGUUAGUCAGCCAUGCCGAAGUAGGAAUGUAUUAAAGGUACUGUUUAAUCCAGCCCUGCACUUUCACACUUACUCCUCCAAAGCUUGACAGGCCUGUCUUUGCUUGUUCAAACAGUCAGUUAGUGCUCAGGUCAGACUCUUUCACUCCAUGCGCAGAGUUAACUUCUUGUCAGCUGCCACUGCAUGCAUUCAUUUAGUUCUUAAACUGUGGUGACUUCGAGUCAACUAUAGCCAAUCAGUCAAUUCAAAUUCUGUCUUUACAGACAGCUACAAUGGGAUGUUCGACUCAGUGCCUCUAUUUGUUUGAGCCACUGAAGUGUUUCCUCUCUCCUCCUCCUGCCUUUCUUUUCAUCCUACUUUCCAUCACCACACUGGUGCGAUGGAAACGUUCAGUCUGUGCCAACACACACAUCAUGCACACACAAUGCCCUCUCGCUGGAGACGGCACCAUGAAGCCAGCACCACAGAAACAACGACUGUAGACCAGUCCUGGAGACAGGAAAGGAAAAUUUCUUAAACUGGACCUUGAACUCUUGGACGAGUUGGAACAUUUUUAAAAAAUCUGUCCCCAUGUUUUUUUUUUCUCCCUAUAAAGAAGAUCAUCUAUCCCUCACUGGAUAAGUAUUUCAACCAUGGCAUAUCAUCCAGCCACAGUUUAGACAUGAAGUCAUUCAAACCCUCCUACCUGUUUAACAUAUGUGUUGGCUGUAAAACAAUAUUGCAUGCCAAAGAGACUGUCUGCUCUGCUAGUUUGUGGUUUUCUUUCCAAAUUAGCUCAGCCAUAUGGGUGGAAAAAACUACAUUUUAGUGCAGGGAACAAACCUGUAAAACACAUUACAUCAAGCUAUAGUGCGUCUCUCCGCAGCUAUACUGUAGCCCAUGAUGUUGUAAUGUGUUUUUGGUGGGAACAUCCAGUUUAAAAUUGGAAUAUGAACAUUGUUUUAAACCACUCACUGGCAGAGAUUUAAUGGGUGCUGACAGCCGAGGUGCCAGGAGAAAUCGCUUGUGGCCUGAUUGUUUUUGAAAGAGAGAUAAUAACUACUGUGUGUGCAUGGAUGGGAAUGCAAGUGUUACUAACUGGCACACUUGUGGAAAAUACCUUUCAGUCAAAGCCGAAAGCCUCUGUUCACUUUCCAGAACUAUUUCGAGGAUAUGGAGAUAAAAACAACUCGGCAGACUUGCUCCCCAAAAUCCUCAUAUUUCAGUCGUUUUUAUGAUGUCCAGGAUUUAUCAGAUGUCCAGUGAUGUGAUGUGUUUGCCUUGGCUUCAGGUGCCAGGCACCCUCCCCCAGCUAUUCUGGGCACAAGACAAACAGCAUGAUUACAUAGACGAGUGGAUAUCCACAGGGUUGCCAUGACAAUGAGACUGAACAGGCUUUUAGCUCUCGUGGCUACAUAAAACAAUGUUUACUGCAGUGCCAGUGGCAGGAUUGCAGGGCUGUCUGAAUGACGAUGGGUAAGGUGGGAAAGAUAAGACAGGUGCUGCAUCUUAACAGAGUCAGUAUAAGAACCAUUAGAAUGAAGCUGGUAAUCUGUAAAUCUGAUUACACUUUAAGGUACCCUUUCCAAAUAAGGCACCUUUCAUUAAGGUUUUAAAAUCAUGAAUAGGAUCAGGCAGUGGUACAUGCAGACUACUAAUUAACACUUUUGCCUGCAGAUUUGACAAUUAAAACUCAUUACAUCAUGAUGUUGCAGCAGCAGGUUGGAUGGAGUUUUACAAAAUUACAAAAAUGUUGCUGGGUUGUUGGAUUAACUGCAUUAUUACCAAAUAAAAAUACAAAAAAUAAACCAAACUCACUCCAAUUGUGUUAAUUAUUGAUUAUAACUGAUCUAUAAAGUAUUGGUAAAUGAUGUAUUAACCUUUAGCAGAGAUUACAACAUAUAAACACUUUAUUAAGGGUGCCAUAUCAGAAAGGCUGCUUUAUUGUAAUCUCUUACGGUUGUACAGGCUGACUGAAGAGGCUUUUUAUCUUUUUAAUCUUGGUGAUGUUUUCCAGGGUGAAGAAUGUCUAGAUUAGCUCAGUUUGUAUUUGCGAAUAAAAAUAAGUCUUGUCUUUCUUGUCCAGAUGCAGAGUGAAAACUGAAAACUGGCUCUCAAGGACUCUCAACCAUUCAAAAAUUGAAUCAGAAUUAUUCUGCUUUCCAUGAAGAGCCAAUGUAGACUCAAUUUUUCACAUUUUCUAACAUAAUGAAAUUGAGAUUUUAAAGAGCUUGAUUAACAGUGUUGAGGCACAAACACAAGCCACCCGAGGUUGUGCUUUGUUCUGCAUUAGCACACAGCUCAGCCGCCCUCUCUAUGAGCCACCUGAAAUGCUCCACAGCCCUUUGCCGGCAACUUUUGGCCAUUUGAGAAGCUAAAAGACAGACUGGUUGUGUCUCCCUGGAGGCAGUGUGGAGGGAUAAACAUCGAGCCGAGUGGCGUAGCACACAGCAUGCAGCUAAAAGAAAGCUUCCACUCCCGGUGUCCUGCUGUUUUGUUCCUUCCUCUUGUACAUACACAAACACACAUGAGCACAAUUUAUCCCAGGACUGACGUGGGUCUCUAGGUACUCGACAGCUCCUCAAAGAGGGCCAUUAAGCAUUUUCUUUCCUUGAAUCUUUUCUAAUACUUUAUCCCUCCAUGUGUGUGUUUUGUUCACUUCCCAAACUGCUCAAAGAAAUGGAAGUGAAUUGAAAUAAACCCCACUGAGGGCACACUGGGCUCUGAACCAGGCCCAAAACUUAACUUAGGCAACACAAAGCUUCGAGGAUUGAAAGAUAAAAGCCACAGAGACCGACUGCAGUUCACUGGAUCAGCUGAAUCAAUAUCUUGCUUGAGUGAGUGAAUUGUUUUUAUUUCCAUGGUACGAUGCAUUUUUUUUAUUAUUUUGUUAUGCAAUAUGUCUUGAGGGGAAAAAAUGUUGUUUUUUUUCUUUGUAAAGUGAAACUGUUGAACAAAUCACUAAUAAUUAUGUUCAUCGUUGUGGAGAAUUAUAAUAUACAGUAUGUAAAUUAUAUGAGCUCAUCUAAUA